AUGUCAUUAAUAGGAGGUUAGAUCAUAGAUGUUUUCAUUAUUUCUUGGAUAUUUGCAGAUAUUUGUGUUUACUACUAAGAUAAUUACAAUGUUUUUUAGUUUUUGGAUUAAAAAAAUAGAAGAGUGAAAACUAACGAUCUGUAAUUGCCGCAUAAUCUAAAAAUAUAAACAACUAUGGGUAACGCUGGUAGUAAUCAGCCUAAAGAAUGGCAAAAAGAUACUGUAGCGAAAACUCAGGAUCAUGGUCCGUCUUCGCCAGCCAAAGAAGGUGAGGCUUUUACUUUUGACAAGAAGAUUGAUGAUGAUCGUAAUGCUCGAGACGAUGACAACAACAUAGAAGAUGGUGCUCCAUAUUACACAAAAGCAGUUCCUGAACGUGAUGUCGAAUACAUCGGCCAUAGAGAAAGGUCGAACACAUUAACCGAAGGAAGCAAAAUAGUCGACGAUGUUAAAGUGUUACCAACUGUUUUUAAAUGGGAAGGUGGUGGCAAACAGGUAUGGGAAUAUUGA